GUCAUCACCUACAAAUUGAUCACGCCAUCCGUCGUUUCUGAGCGUCUGAAGGUUCGAGCGUCUCUCGCCAAGGCAGGACUUCGGGAACUUCAAGCAAAGGGGCUUGUCAAAUGCAUCGUACACCAUGGAGGCCAAAUUGUUUACACUCGAGCCACCAAGGAGGCCGAUAUGUUUGUGUUCCGAGUUCUCAAUGCAGUUCCAUACAGUAAUGAGCAAGGUGCAAAGGAUGUGAUCGCCAGUCUACAUUCUUUCUUGACUUGUAAUCUGUUAGUUGGUCUAGCAGUGUUGGUAUCAUGGAAGCAAUUCGGAGGGAAACCCAUUGAAUGUAUGGUACCGACGGAUUUUACGAGUGCAUGGGUUCAGGUGAGCAUAAUCUUCUGCGGGGUUGAGCUGUGUGAUCAACAGAGGUGGGAACGAGUGUUUGGUGCUUUUCCCUUAGAUCGCGUUGGGCUUUGUUUUCUGAAAAAAUAG